AUGGUCGGGUCCGACGUCCCUCCCAGCGGCUCCGGCGCGCCCCCGGGGUCCCCGGAGCGUCCCAGGAAGCGUAAGAGCGGCACCUUGGCCGCGGCCGCGGCCGAGGACGCGUCGCCCAGGCGCGCGACGCGGAGCUCGGCGUCGUCGGCGGCGGCGCAGGUGGACGUGGAAGGCGCGGUGGCGUGGUUGCGGCGCACGGCCGCGGGAGAGCUGUGGGCGGUGCGCGGGCGCAACCGUGGCAUCGACGCCGACUUCGAGCCGCUGGGGGCGGUGAUCCUGGCGGUGCGGCACGUGCGCUCCGAGCUCGACCCCGACGACCCCGACACGACGUACUACAAGAAACAGAAAAGACAUCACAAACAAGACACAAGGAGUUCUGGAAGGAGAGCUGGUGAACUGAGUCACUUAUCUAGUUUUCUUGAAUCAACGAGGAAACGUAUUGGGAUAGACCCUGUCACAUGUCAAGCUGCUAUCCCUGAGUAUAAUGACCCAUCUGAGGAAUGUAAGGCUAACUACAGAAAUGAUAAAGAUACCUUACAAAGGAUGGGCACGGUGGUCAGACUGCCACCCAUUGUGGAGCCACCGAAGACAAGGAAAUGUUCUCAUCCUGGAUCUGAGGAUGACAAUUGUAAAUGUUCUCAUCCUGGAUCUGAGGCCUGCAUAGAAGUUCAUGUAAAAGAGGCCUGGAAGAGGGUCAAGUAUCAAUUGGGUGAUCAGGCUUUCAGAAACUGCGGGUUCGGUGCAAUGGGUGAGCGAGUUCUGAAGUUAUGGACUGCAGAAGAGAAUAAAAAACUUGCUGAUAUUGAGAAGUUGAUUCCUCAGAGUAAGAGUUCUGAUGAAGACUUCAUGAAGGUUGCCUUGAAGCAGUUUAGCUCAGAGAGAACAACAGAUUUGGCUAAGUAUUACUACAAUCUUUUUCUUCCAAGAAGGUUGGCCAGCCUGAAUAGAACAGAGGCUACAACCUCCAUAGAUGUGAGUCCAGAUGAUGAAGGCAAUAAUCAAGAUGAUGACAACAAAGUGCAUCGCUCUGAAGAGAAGAGUAAACGCUUUGGAUCGUCUUCCAAAAGGUAG